CCACGGUAAACCAAAACCCAGAACGUAUUUAUAAAAGCCAAACACGUCUGUUCCGCACACCUAGUGACUUUCCGGACAUCCACCAUGAACCACUAUUAUUGGGCAUCGUCGUUGUUGCUCUUCGCCGUCGUCUUGAACUCGGCCGUCGCGUUCAAGAUACCAGGAUUAUCGUCGGGAGGUAAUAGCGGUAGUAUCAACAGAUCGCCACCACCGCCCGGAAAUCGGGCACCAACGGCCAAUGCCGGCGGCCACAGAGGACCGGAAUCCGAGUAUAUGGGUCCGGUGUUCAUAAUCAGAGAGCUGGACAAGGACAAAGGAGAGUACGACGCGUUCGUGACCACCGGCGGCAUACAAGAGGUGAGACCGCCGCCAAUGAGUGACAGGUCGCUACCACCACAGCAGCAAGGCAAACCGUCCGCCGUCAGGGACGACGAGGACUCAGAGCAUUUUGGAGUGUUGGUCACUCCCGAAACGGUCAGGCGACUGGACCGGGACGAAAAGCUAAAGGCGUCGUCCAUCAACGUGACCAUGUCCGUCCUCCUGUCGGCCGCUUCCUCGCGGAUGCCCUGGCUGCUCGUCUUGCACCGCAAACAGUAUCCGCACCUGUUCGAGUACCAGCAACAGCAGCCCUCCCAGUCUCACCACCAGUAUCAGGCUCAACAGCCACAACAUCAGCAACAGCAACACCAGCAGCAGCAACAGCAACAGCAAUACCAGCAGCCACCGCAAUACCUUCAACCGGCGCAGUCGGAAGCCGUGCAGGCGGACGUCAUCCCGGGGCUGCAGCAUCCGCAAGUGCCGCAGCGUCGCCGGUACCAGACGGACAGGCAGCGCCGGUCCAUGCUGUACGCCGCCGACGACAGCCGAGCGCCGCCGAUGCCGUUCGAGCACCAACUGCUGUCCACCAUGUGCUAUAACUUUGUCCGGGACUACUACUCGUCUGAACAGUCACCUCCGAGACUUCCGAUUGCUCUGGCCGACGUGAGCGCCGUGUAUGGUGACGACAGACGGCAACCAGAACCGGAACAAUACGGCCGGUACCGGCAAGACGUCUAUUUGGACGCCGACGCUUACGCUGCUGCAGCCACAGCCACCGGCCCUUCCGGUCGCGUCCAAAAGUCGCAGCCGCCUCCUCCUUCGUCACCAGCUCAACAUUCUCCACCUGUGGAGACUGUCGCGACCAUUCGACCGGAAGAAGAGCAGCAGCAGCAAUCCGACGGCGUGAUCGUCGGCAUGACGAUCCCAAAACGCGUUUCCUAGACUUGAACCGUCGAUCGCGAUACGGCGGCGCGUCUUUAUAUUACGAUUUUCUGUUUUUCCUCGUCGCCAGUAGUUUAGUUCACAGCGUUUCGGAACUCGCGCCGGUGCGUUUGUCCGGCACCGAUCGCUGUGCCCGAUCAUAUUAUUAUCAGCUGUUAUUCGCUUAUUUUUUUCUAUUUCAUUUGUCACGUUACGAUCGAUAACGUUGAUUUGCAUGAGAUCCUUAUUGUCAUGUUGUCGUCGAACGUUGUUUUCUACAAUUUCCAUUACGAUAUUAUAUAAUAAUAUAAUACAAAUUAUUAUAAGCGCGAAUAUUUUAAUACUAUUAAUAUAACCAUAUACGCUAUAAAUAAAACCUUCUUUAAUAUUAUACGCAGAA